AUAAAUUAUUAUAUAAGUAACAUUUUCAAGUAAGUCAUUGUCUGCUACACUUGUGGCACUACGUUCGUACGCGGGAGACAACACUACAGGAGCUGCUUUGAUCUCUCUGAGCUGCUCAUAAUAGCGCGAAAUUGACACAUGAAUGUGAGCCGGAUUGAGGGGUUUGUUAGAAAGGUUUUUAAUAUAUCGUACGAUGCAAGCUUUUUUGAAAACUGGUAAGUUAGGUCCUCAAAGUGCUGGUCCUAAAGACGCCAAAGCAGGAUCAUCUGGUGCCAAAAAGAAGCCAGCACCAGUACCAUGGGUAGAAAAAUAUCGCCCACGCACCGUCGAUGACGUUGUAGAGCAAGGAGAGGUAGUCCAAGUCCUCCGCCAAUGUUUGUCAGGAGCAGACUUGCCAAACUUACUUUUCUACGGACCACCUGGUACUGGCAAAACAAGCACCAUAUUAGCUGCUGCAAAGCAGUUGUUUGGAGACAUAUAUAAAGACAGAAUCCUUGAGCUAAAUGCGUCAGACGAAAGAGGAAUUGAUGUGAUUCGACACAAAGUAAAAACUUUUGCUCAAUUAACAGCAAGUGGUAUAAGACCAGAUGGGCGUCCUUGUCCUGCUUUUAAAAUUAUCAUAUUAGAUGAAGCAGAUUCAAUGACACAUGCUGCACAGGCUGCGUUGCGAAGAACAAUGGAACGUGAAGCUAAAACAACUCGUUUCUGUUUGAUAUGCAACUAUGUUAGUCGUAUUAUUCAACCUCUUACUUCAAGAUGCUCUAAGUUUCGAUUUAAACCUUUGGGAGAAGAUCGGGUAGUAGAAAGGUUACAAUUCAUCAGCAGUGAAGAAAAUGUGCAGUGUGAUGAAGAUGUGUUGCGGUGUCUCGUGAAAACAUGCAAUGGUGAUCUGCGACGAGCAAUCACAAGUCUUCAAUCAUGCACAAGAUUAAAAGGAAAAGACAGUAAAAUAACCAAAGAGGAUGUGUUUGAAGUAACAGGAGUUGUUCCAAAUCCAUGGGUAGAAGGUGUUCUUCAAGUAUGCCAAACCAACAAUUAUGAUCAGGUUGUCAGUUUUAUUGAUGAGUUGAUCCUUGAGGCUUAUUCUGCAUCUCAGUUACUUGAGCAGCUUCACGAGUUAAUCGUGCUCAACAAAGAUCUUACAGACAAACAAAAAACAGCAAUUUGUGAUAAACUUGGAUUGUGUGCAUUUCGUAUGCAAGAUGGAGCAAGUGAAGCUAUUGGAUUGUUGGACUUGUGUUGCACAAUCAUGGCAGUGUAUCAAGGGUGAUUUCUUUUUCAUUUUUAAAUACAUUCAGUUGCAUAAAAAUUAAUGACAGUUCUCAUAGUUACAAAUUCAGUGAAGUCUUUUUAUCUACAAUCCAAAAAUGCCAGACAUUUAUUGAAUCAGACCUAAAAUAUAUAACGAAAGAAAGUGGCAAUAAUUAUGUAUUACAAACAAAAACAAAAAAAUAACAAUGCAACCAUUGAUAUUAUUGGUGAUGUAAACUGCGUCUCUCAUAUGUUUUGAUUGUUGUGUACUUCUAAUUCAUGUAUAAUUGUAAUUUUUUUAAAUAAAGCUUUUUAAAAGUAAUAGUCAUCCAUUUACUUACAUUUUCCUAUCCCAGAGGAAUUUCGUUUGAAUCUUUCUUGAACAAAAGCCGCAGGCACACAAUUCAUUUUUGCUUUACAAUUCCACGUUGACAAAAGGUAGUCUAUCAUUGGCACCCGUCUGUCAAAUCUGAUGUACUGAUAUGGGGGGGGGGGGGAGACAAAAAUAUGACUGCAUACUGUGGAAGAGACAAAAGAUACGUCCACCUUAAGACAAAUUCUGAGUGUGCCAAUAGUCACUCGACAGCCAUUGGAAUUUCAAUGCUCUGCUGAAAAGUUUAACCCCAGUGGUGAACUCAUCUGAACCAAACAAGUUGAAUCAUUGAUUCCAGGGAGCUGCCUUCUGAUAAUCAGGAAGACAUUUUUUUUUUAAUUUAAAGAUGGGGUGCUUCUUUCGAAUUCAGUGGCAGCUCUUGCUUAGGUUGCACAACCGUCA